GCUCCGGCCACUGGGCCAUGGUCCCCUCCGUCUGCCAGGGCGGGGUCGGACACUCACCCAGUUGCAGGUGCGAGCACUAUGGGGUGGCGCGGGGUCGCGAACCGUGGCCGUGGACUUAGGCAGCAGGUGAAUCCUGAAAGGCAAGGAGAAGGUAGCAGAGAAAGUGGCAAGCGCAAUUGCAGAGAAGUGAGAGAGUGCGUUGAGUAACUACAAAUAACUUACUGUGGAUGGAGUGAAAAGAUGAAAUGUGAGUUAGCAACAAAGCAAGGCCAAAUCUUAAAGAAAAUUAGAAAUAUCCUCUGGAAAACUGGCCAGAUUUGCAGAUGGCUCUGCUAUAGUACAGGUGACACUGCAGUGAUGGUCACAGCGGUCAGUAAAACAAAACCUUCACCUUCCCAGUUCAUGCCUUUGGUGGUUGACUAUAGACAGAAGGCUGCUGCAGCAGGUAGAAUUCCCACAAACUAUCUUAGAAGAGAGAUUGGAUCUUCUGAUAAAGAAAUUCUUACAAGUCGAGUAAUAGAUCGUUCAAUUAGACCUCUCUUUCCAGCAGGCUACUUUUAUGAUACACAGAUCCUUUGUAAUCUGUUAGCAGUAGAUGGUGUUAAUGAACCUGAUGUCCUAGCAAUUAAUGGUGCUUCUGUAGCCCUCUCAUUAUCAGAUAUUCCUUGGAAUGGACCUAUUGGGGCAGUACGAAUAGGAAUGAUUGAUGGAGAAUGUGUUGUUAACCCAACACGAAAAGAAAUGUCUUCCAGUACUUUAAAUUUAGUGGUUACUGGAGCACCUAAAAGUCAGAUUGUCAUGUUGGAAGCCUCUGCAGAGAAUAUUUUACAGCAGGACUUUUGCCAUGCUAUCAAAGUGGGAGUAAAAUAUACACAACAAAUAAUUCAGGGCAUCCAGCAGUUGGUAAAAGAAAUUGGUGUUACCAAGAGGACACCUCAGAAGUUAUUUGUUCCUUCGCCAGAGAUUGUGAAACACGCUCAUAAACUCGCCAUGGAAAAACUCUACGCAGUUUUUACAGAUCAUGAACAUGAUAAAAUUUCCAGAGAUGAAGCCGUUAACAAGAUUAGAUUAGAUACAGAGGAACAACUAAAAGAAAAAUUUCCAGAAGUUGAUUCCUAUGAAAUAAUAGAAUCCUUCAAUGUUGCUGCAAAGGAUGUUUUUAGAAGUAUUAUUUUGAAUGAAUACAAAAGGUGUGAUGGUCGAGAUUUGACUUCACUUAGGAAUAUAAAUUGUGAGGUAGAUAUGUUUAAAAUUCUUCAUGGAUCAUCAUUAUUUCAAAGGGGACAAACACAGGUGCUAUGUACUGUUACAUUUGAUUCAUUAGAAUCCAGCAUUAAAUCAGACCGAAUUAUAACAGCUAUAAAUGGGAUAAAAGAUAAAAAUUUCAUGCUUCACUAUGAGUUUCCUCCCUACGCAACUAAUGAAAUUGGCAAAGUCACUGGUGUAAAUAGAAGAGAACUUGGGCACGGUGCGCUUGCUGAGAGAGCUUUGUAUCCUGUUAUUCCUAAAGAUUUUCCUUUCACCAUAAGAGUCACAUCUGAAGUACUAGAGUCAAAUGGAUCAUCUUCUAUGGCAUCUGCAUGUGGUGGAAGUUUAGCUUUAAUGGAUGCAGGAGUUCCAAUUUCAUCUGCUGUCGCAGGUGUGGCGAUAGGAUUGGUCACCAAAAACAAUCCUGACAAGGGUGAAAUAGAAGAUUAUCGUUUGCUGACAGAUAUUCUGGGGAUUGAAGAUUACCAUGGUGACAUGGAUUUCAAGAUAGCCGGCACUACUAAGGGAAUAACUGCAUUACAGGCUGACAUUAAAUUACCUGGAAUACCAAUAAAAAUUGUAAUGGAGGCCAUUCAGCAAGCCUCAGUGGCAAAGAAGGAGAUAUUACAGAUUAUGAACAAAACUAUUUCAAAACCUCGAGCAUCUAGAAAAGAAAAUGGACCUGUUGUAGAAACUGUUCAGGUUCCAUUAUCAAAACGAGCAAAAUUUAUUGGACCAGGUGGAUAUCAUUUAAAAAAACUUCAAGCUGAAACAGGAGUAACUAUUAGUCAGGUGGACGAAGAAACAUUUUCUAUAUUUGCACCAACACCCAGUGCCAUGCAUGAAGCAAGAGACUUCAUUACCGAAAUCUGCAAAGAUGAUCAAGAGCAGCAAUUAGAAUUUGGAGCAGUAUAUACCGCCACAAUAACUGAAAUCAGAGACACUGGAGUAAUGGUUAAACUAUAUCCAAAUAUGACUGCAGUACUACUUCAUAACACACAACUUGAUCAACGAAAGAUUAAACAUCCCACUGCUUUAGGUUUAGAAGUUGGCCAAGAAAUUCAGGUGAAAUACUUUGGACGUGAUCCAGCUGAUGGAAGGAUGAGGCUUUCUCGGAAAGUGCUCCAGUCUCCAGCUACAACUGUUGUCAAAACUUUAAGUGACAGAAGCAGUAUUGUAAUGGGAGAAUCUAUUCCACAGUCAUCAUUUAAUUCUUCCCAGUGACUUUUUUUUUUUAAGAAUUCUAGAGUGAUACUCUGUAUAGCAAAAUUUCAGUAGUAUCUUCUAAUGUGUAGAUUUAUAUAUAAUAUAAAUGUAUUCUAAUGAUUUAUAUUAAAAUGCUCACUUUACGUGUUCCAUUUUUUAA